AUGGGUGCCAGCCCAGCACAUCCUACUGCUCAAAUGUCCUGCUACGACCUGUGCCCACCCAGGAGCAGCGCUGACCUGUGCCCAGUGCCCAGGACCAGCGUGGCUGUGCCCCAGCCCAUCGCUGAGAGCUGCAACGAGCUGUGCGCCCGCCAGUGCCCCGACUCGUCUGCCUUCAUCCAGCCCCCGCCCGUGGUGGUCACCUUCCCCGGCCCCAUCCUCAGCUCCUUCCCCCAGCAGGCCGUGGUGGGCUCCUCCGGAGCACCGGCCUUUGGCGGCUCCCUGGGGCUGGGCGGCCUCUACGGCGCCGGCGCCACCCAGGCCUCGGGGGGCCUCUGCACCUUUGGCAGAGCCUACGCUGCUCCCGCCUGCAGCCCUUGCGCCCUGCCCCGCUACAGCAAGAAGCUCUGGGACACCUGCGGGCCCUGCUAG